CGUCACACAUCUACACUUCCCAAAGAUAGACCACUUCUCCAACCACUCAUCACUCACUCUCAGAGCAAACGUCUCUCUCUCUCUCUCUGUUCCUCUGCCCCUUCCUAAUUUCCUUCCUUUCCUUUCGUUCUGUGUGUGUUUAUUGAGAGAAAGCAAAGAAACAUCAUACAUAUACAUAUACACACAAGUCUAUAUAUAUAUAUAUAUAUAUAUAUCAUAUCGAGAGAGAGAGAGAGAGAGAGAGAGAGAGAAUGAAGCUGGGGAAGGGAAAGGGUGAAUAUAAGAAAGGGCUGUGGACUGAGGAGGAAGACAGAAUUCUCAUGGACUUCAUUGGGGUUCAUGGUAAAGGCAAGUGGAAUCGUGUCGCCAAAAUGACAGGGUUAAAAAGAGGUGGAAAGAGUUGCAGGCUCAGAUGGAUAAAUUAUCUGAGUCCGGGCGUGAAGCGAGGCGAUUUCUCAGAGGAAGAAGACGACCUCAUCAUCCGCCUCCACAAUUUGCUCGGAAACCGGUGGUCGUUGAUUGCGGGACGCGUUCCUGGAAGAACUGAUAAUCAAGUGAAGAACCACUGGAACACUCAUUUGAGCAAGAAGCUCGGAUUCAAGAAAGGGAUAAGCAAAGGCAAAGCUUCUUCAAACAGCGAAGAAGUAGAGGAGAAUCCUAGUAUGCCACAGGUUGCAAACUCAAAGAAGCUCACUGAACAUGAGGGUGGUGGAGCCACUGGUCCAACUGCAACUCACGACGGGUCUCAUGAGGCAACAAGGUCUGAUUUCAGCGCACAAGGGGCGGCAAUCAGCAGUGCCCAUGAUCAGAUGGGCUCGUUCUUUCCGUUUGUUUAUGACAAUAUGAACCUUUACACCCCAGACGUGAUAGAAUACAUGGACGAGUGCUCUCUCGAUUUUAUUUGGCAUGGUUUGUAAAAACUCCUUGCUAUUGUAGUCCCCUAGAACUAACUCACAUCAAUAAAGGCUUGCUCUAUAUGUCAAGUUUCCCCUA